AUGGACUAUAAAAGCCUGGCUAUCCCCCCAGGCAGGGCCUGCACGCUGGACAGCACUGGGAUGUCACCAGCAGCUGUGACAGCAAAGCUGAGGAUUUCCUCCAGACUGGACCCAGAGCAUCCCUCAGCACCUCGUGCUCCCAUUGCCAGGUUUUACACAGCCCUGGUCAAGGGGGACCUGAGGAGCCUCCAGGUCCUGACUGAGAGGUACCACCUGGAUGUCAACCUGGUCUUUGAGAUCAGCAGGAACGAGCUGGAGUGGCAGGUGAAAAGCCAAGCCUCCUAUGGACUCUCAGGGCUGUGGGCGCUGCAGGAGCGGCAGGAGCUCAGCUCCCCGCUCUGCCUCGCCGCCCGCCACGGGCACUCCGAGUGCCUGCAACACCUCCUGCGCCGCGGGGCCGACCCCAACCUGGCCCCGGGGGGACAGGGACCCCUGCACCAGGCCUGCCAGGGCGGGCACAGCCUCUGCGUGGAGCUGCUGCUGGAGCACCGAGCCGACCCCAACCUGCAGAGCGACGAGGGGCUGGCCCCGCUGCACCUGUGCACCAGCCCGGGCUCCCUGCGGUGCGCCAGGCUGCUGCUGCGGCGCGGGGCGGCCGUGGAGCUGCCGGGCGGGGCGGGAGGGGACACGGCGCUGCACGUGGCCGCCAGGCAUCGCCUGUGGCACCACGCCCGGCUCUACCUGCGGCGCCGCGCCCGCCCCGACGCCCGCAACGCGCGGCAGGAGACGGCGCUGGGCAUCCUCUGCGGCCACCCCCCGGCGGCGGGGGACGACUCCCGGCAGCUCUUCCAGCUGCUGGCUGCCCACGGGGCCGACGUGGAGGCCCGGGACGAGAGCUGGAGGAGCCCCCUGCACCGGGCGUGCGGGGUGGCCAACGCGGAGCUGGCGCGGCUGCUGCUGCGGCGCGGGGCCGACGCCAACGCCAUCGACUACGACGGCGUGUCCCCGCUGGGCUGGGCCCUGCGGGGGGCUGCUGGCCACAGGGAGCUGCGCCCCCACCUCACCGUGCAGCUGCUGCUCAACCACGGCUCCCGGAGGAUAUGGCCCCACGCCUUCGUCAAGGUGCUGAAAUCCUGCGCGGCCGUGCCGGAGGUCAUCGAGGUGCUCUUCAACUCCUACUCCCAGAUCCCGGUCUGCCAGGAGUGGGCCAAGGCCGUGCCACAGGAGGUGUUCCAGCAGCACCGGGUUUUCUACGAGUCGCUGCUGGCGCUGGCGGGCACAGCGCGCUGCCUGCAGCACUGGUGCCGCUCCGCCCUCCGCAGCACCUUGGGCAGCCGCUGCCACUCCCUCAUCCCUCUGCUGCCCGUGCCCAAGGCCCUGCAGGACUUCCUGCUGCUGGAGCCCCAGGGAGUCGUGCUGUGAGGGGCCACAUCCAGGUGCAAUCCUUCCAUG